CCCCACCUUGACCAUUGGCACGAAGAGGUCUCAGUGCGGAGCAGGAGCAGCGACGGAAGGAUGGAAGAGCUAGCGAGGGAGAGCAUCAGCUUGCUGUCCAAGCCCGUAGACUCUGGGCUGUCGUCUUUUGGAGCGGUUUUCAUCAUGCUGAAGUCAGCUCUCGGCGCGGGACUUCUUAAUUUUCCAUGGGCUUUCAGCAAGGCGGGAGGCGUGAGCACCGCUCUUGGUGUAGAACUGGUCUCCCUGGUUUUCCUCAUCAGCGGGCUGGUGAUCCUGGGCUACGCCUCCUCCGUCAGCAAUCGCUCGACGUACCAGGACGUGGUGCGGGAGAUCUGCGGCUCGGCCAUCGGGAAGCUGUGCGAGGUCUGCUUCGUCUUCAACCUCUUCAUGAUCUCUGUGGCCUUCCUGGUGGUGGUGGAGGACCAGCUGGCAAAGUUGUGUGACUCUCUGUACCUGAAUACAACGAUGUCCCCUGAGACCACAGUGCCGUACCACUGGUACACAGACCAGCACGUCGCUCUCUCCACUCUGUGCGCUCUGGUCAUCUUGCCUCUGUCCAUCCCCAAGGAGAUCGGGUUCCAGAAAUACACCAGUAUUCUAGGUACCUUGGCAGCGACGUACUUGACAGUGGUGAUCAUCAUUAAGUAUUACAUGAUGAAGGAUCACAUUGUGGUUUAUCACCCUCCACCUACCAGUGGCAUUUCUUCCUGGGCCUCCAUGUUCAGUGUCAUCCCCACUAUAUGCUUUGGGUUUCAGUGCCAUGAGGCUUGCAUUGCCAUCUACAGCAGCAUGCAGAAUAAAAGGAUCACACACUGGGUUGUCAUCUCCAUCAUCUCCAUGCUGUUCUGCCUGCUUAUUUAUUCCCUCACUGGCAUUUUUGGCUUUUUAACAUUUGGGGAGGGUGUCGCUGCUGACAUCCUGAUGUCAUAUCCUGGAAACGACGUAGUCGUCAUCGUUGCCAGGGUGCUCUUUGCUUUGUCCAUCAUCACCAUCUAUCCAAUCAUCCUGCUGCUCGGCAGGUCUGUGAUCCAGGACCUGUUGGUGAGGCACCGGCGGCGGCAUGGCAUGGUCACCCAGUCCUACGAGAAGUGGGUGCGGAUCUCGCUGACCGUGGCCUGGAUCCUGGUCACCCUGAUCAUAGCCCUGUUCGUGCCGGACAUCAGCGAGGUCAUAAGUGUCAUUGGGGGAAUCAGCGCGUUCUUCAUCUUCAUCUUCCCAGGUCUCUGUUUGAUAUUUGCAAUGCAAACUGAGCCAGUUUCUCCAAGAACGAGACUUUGGUUGACAGUGUGGGGUGUCAUCACGCUCCUAUGUGGAGCCUUCAUUUUCGGGCAGAGCACAGCCAUCGCCAUCAUGGAACUUUUAAACAAAUAUUAA